AUGGCCGAUCCUUCUUCAUGUGCUCAUUGCAGCAUCUAUGAGAGGUUGGACUGGACGAUGUCUGAUCACCGUGUCGAGAUCUUGGCUGUGCUUUCUAAGCUUGAAAGCAAUGGCAAAGGGUUUGUGCAACCCCAGCAACUUGUUGCUGUGUUUCAAGCAAUCCCUGAAGCCUUUGGUGAGGUUUCAAAGAACAUUCAGGAAGCUCUUGUUCUAUCUCCAUACCUAGCUUUGGCUAUUCGUCCUAGGCCUGGUGUUUGGGAACACAUCAGAAUCAACAUGAAGACACUCGAUGUUGAGGAGUUGCUUGUGGAUGAGUACUUGAUGAUGAAGGAAGAACUCGUCGAUGGAAGUGCUAAAGGAGACUUUGUGCUGGAGUUGGACUUUGAGCCAUUCAAUGCAUCAGUUCCUAAACCAAUUCUUUCCAAGUCUAUUGGAAACGGCGUUGAGUUCCUCAACCGCCAUAUUUCUGCAAAGCUCUUCACUGAGCCGGAGAGCAUGCAACCGGAGUUGCUUGAGUUUCUCCGUAUUCACACCCAUGACGGCAAGAACCUGAUGCUGAAUGACAACAUUGAGGAUGUGGAGUCCCUCCAACAUGUUUUGAUGGAGGUGGAAGAGUAUCUCCUGACACUCUCACCCGAAACCGCAUAUGAAGCUUUCGAGCAGAAGUUGCAGGAUCUUGGCUUGGAAAGAGGUUGGGGAAGCAAUGCUGGCCGUGUGCUUGAAACUAUCCAGCUUCUCUUGGAGCUUCUUGAGGCACCUGAUGCUUGCAAUCUCGAGAAAUUCCUUAGCAAGAUACCCUUGGUCUUUAAUGUUGUGAUCAUGUCUCCCCAUGGCUAUUUUGCACAAGACAAUGUCUUGGGAUAUCCUGACACUGGCGGGCAGGUUGUUUAUAUCUUGGAUCAAGUUCGUGCUUUGGAGAAUGAGAUGCUCAAGCGUAUCAAGGAACAAGGCCUUGACAUCACCCCUCGCAUUCUUAUUGUUACAAGGCUCCUCCCUGAUGCUGUUGGGACUACUUGUGGUCAGCGUCUUGAGAAGGUUUAUGGAACUCAAUAUUCGGAUAUUAUUCGUGUCCCUUUCAGAACAGAGAAGGGAAUUGUCCGCAGAUGGAUCUCAAGAUUCGAAGUCUGGCCCUAUCUAGAGGCUUACACUGAGGAUGUUGCAACAGAACUUCUCAAGGAGUUCCAGGGCAAGCCUGAUCUCAUUGUCGGAAACUAUAGUGAUGGAAACAUUGUGGCCUCAUUGUUGGCACACAAGUUUGAUGUUACUCAGUGCACCAUUGCUCAUGCCUUGGAGAAGACAAAAUACCCUGAUUCUGACUUGUACUGGAAGAAACUCGAGGACAAGUACCACUUCUCUUGCCAGUUCACAGCUGAUCUCAUAGCCAUGAACCAGACCGAUUUCAUUAUCACAAGUACCUUCCAAGAGAUUGCUGGAAACAAAGAGACUGUUGGUCAAUAUGAGAGUCACCUUGCCUUCACAAUGCCUGGCCUCUACCGCGUUGUCAGUGGUAUCGAUUGCUUUGAUCCCAAGUUCAACAUUGUUUCCCCAGGAGCUGACAUGGACAUUUACUUCCCAUACACUGAGAAGGAAAGAAGGUUGACAUCAUUCCACUCUGAAAUCGAAGAGCUUCUCUACAACCAAGUGGAGAACAAGGAACACUUGUGUGUUUUGAAUGACAAGAACAAGCCUAUCAUCUUCACAAUGGCAAGGCUUGACCGUGUGAAGAACAUCACCGGGCUUGUGGAAUGGUAUGGCAAGAAUGCCAAGCUUAGGGAGUUGGUUAACCUUGUGGUUGUGGCUGGGGAUCGGCGCAAGGAGUCCAAGGACAACGAGGAGAAGGCUGAGAUGAAGAAGAUGUAUGAGCUAAUUGACACCUACAAGUUGAAUGGACAGUUCAGAUGGAUUUCUUCUCAGAUGAACCGUGUGAGGAACGGUGAGCUCUACCGCUACAUUGCUGACACUAAAGGAGCUUUUGUGCAGCCUGCUGUCUAUGAAGCCUUUGGCUUGACUGUUGUGGAGGCAAUGACUUGUGGAUUGCCUACUUUCGCCACUUGCAAAGGCGGCCCUGCUGAGAUUAUUGUGAAUGGCAAAUCCGGCUACCACAUUGAUCCAUAUAACGGUGACAAAGCUGCUGAUAUCCUUGUCGAUUUCUUUGAGAAGUGCAAGGCUGAUCCUUCUCACUGGGAUAAAAUUUCCCAAGGAGGCUUGAAGCGUAUCGAAGAGAAGUAUACUUGGCAGAUUUACUCUGAGAGGCUGCUGACCCUGACCGGAGUUUAUGGCUUCUGGAAGCAAGUGUCUGACCUUGACGAGAAGCGUCGCUACAUCGAAAUGUUGUAUGCCCUCCGGUAUAAGAAAUCGGUUGAGUCUGUUCCUCUUGCUGAAGAAGAGUGA